AUGCAGCCCAACUCAGUGGAGCGGAAGCAGGUAGAGUCUAACUGCAAUUCCAUACCCGAUCUUUUAUCCCAUAAACCUGCGGGGAAUGAUUUGGAGGGCAAUCACUAUCAUACAGGAUUCCUCAGACGCACCACUUUAUUGCUUUCUCGUUGGGGAAUCGAAACGCAUGGCAUCGCGCCGGUGCCAGCAGAGGAACGUCUGGAGACUCGGUGGUAUCAAAUGUUUUUCGUUUGGUUCUCUUCUAACAUGAAUAUCUUGGCAUUCAGUACUGGUACUGCUGGACCUGCAUUUUUUGCUCUGGGAGUUCGUGACUCUAUAAUUAUCAUCGUCAUCGUUGACAUGGUAUCUUGCUUGCUUCCUGCAUUAUUUGCUAUUUUUGGGCCAAAGCUUGGCAUGCGAGCUAUGGUGCAAGCAAGGUUCUCGUGGGGAUAUUUCGGCGCUAUCAUACCGGCCGUGUUGAAUGUUUUCUCCUCGGAAGGCUUCCUUAUCUUGGAAUGCAUCAUCGGUGGACAAACGAUUGCAAGCUUGUCCCCUCACCUUGACGAUACUCUUGGGAUUAUCAUCAUCAGUGUCAUCACUCUUGGGGUCACUUUCUGUGGAUACCGUGUUAUCCAUUGGUAUGAAAGCAUCGCCUGGAUCCCAAAUGUAGUUACUUUCAUCACGAUGCUGGCUGUCGGUUAUCCACAACUACACGAAAACCAAUCAGUGCCCGUCCCUCCAGCAACACCCGCUAAUAUUAUAUCUUUUGCGUCCUUCGUCGCAUCUAGCAUUGUCGGCUGGUGUACCAUGACCCCUGACUAUGGCGUACAUCAUAGCCCUGAUGCUUCCUCCACUAGAAUUUUCAUCUACACGUACCUCGGGUUUUUCACUGCUACUGCGACUUCACAUGCCCUGGGUGCCGCAUUUGCAGCCGCAGCUCCUAAUGUGCCUGCUUGGAAUGCAGGAUAUAAUAACAGUUCUUCCGUCGGUGGCUUGUUACACAGCGUGUUGCGACCUACCGGCGCGUUCGGAAACAUCCUGACUGCUUUGCUCGCUCUCACUAUACCCAGCGCCUGUGCACCAACGAUGUACACGUUUAGCACCAGUUUCAUGGCUGUCGCUACGUGGUUCGCCGCGGUGCCUAGAUGGGUGUAUAUCAUCAUCUCCGAAGCGAUUCUGAUACUGGUGGCCAUUGUUGGUGCCAAAAAGUUUUACACUACUUUUGUAGACAUCCUCGACAUCAUUGGAUACUGGUCAUCAGCCUUUGCUGCGAUAGUCCUUACAGAACAUGUGUUAUUCCGACAUGCCUCGUUUUCUGAGGAUCAGUAUCCCAUCACGACUUGGGCUUCAUAUGAUCUCUUGCCUAGCGGUAUCCCGGCCGUUGUGGCAUUCGUGUGUGCGUGUGGAGUUCUUGUUCCAUUCAUGUCACAGGCUUGGUAUGUAGGACCAGUGGCAAGGCAGGGCAGCGGAGAAGUUGGUGUGUUCGUAGGAUUUGUGGUGGGAACUAUCACCUACGCGUUGGCGAGGAGUUUCGAGAAGUUUUGGCACAAGAAGAUGAUGAAAUCAGACGCGCACCAGUAGUCAUUGAUAUAUAAUGAGCAGUAUAUAUACAGCGAGCAAUAUCUGCACAGCUCCGGUUCUCUGUGAGCGUCUGUACAUACAUGUACAGCAAUUUUUUUUUAGAAUUUUGUAGUUACUGGGUGAUCUGUGAUCAGUCUCUGUACAUAGACUCACCCGGCAGCUAAU